AUGCAAGCCUCUUCGCUGACAACGACACGCGUUGCGCAUGCAGCGCUGCGCCACGUGUUUAGCCGGUUCAAUGAUCGCUGUCGCCUGCAGCGCUGUGCGUUGAGCCGCUUGUCGCACCAGUACAAGAGCUCUUUGGCAGCCGAAGCCGCUACGGCCGAAGCGACGGCGGACGUUGAAGCGUCGGACGCGUUCGAAGCUGUGGAGCGUCGUCGCCUUGUCAAAGCCGACUGGGCCGUGCGUGCUCAGCAGAUGAUCCCUCGAUCGACGGUGGAGAAGCCGUAUCAGCUGGCACCGCUGACGCUGCGUCUGCAGAAAGCAAUGAUGGAGGUAGACAAAGAGGGGGCGGAUUUGGCCACUAAUGCGACGAACAAGCGCUCGUACAUGUCGGAUGAGGACGUGGACAAGUGGCUGGAGGAGUUUGAAGUCCCUGAGGAGCGACUGGCCAAAUGCUCGACGCAGGCGGAGGUGCAGGAGAUGCGUCGUCGCUAUGCACGACAGCUUCGUCUCGAAUGUUCAGUGUACGAAAUGGCAAUGGACAAGUACUCGUCAUCGCACGAGAAGGUGCGCCAGCUGGGUCGAACGACGGAGACGAAUGCAGCAAAAGGUCUGAUUCGCAAGUGGAUGCCGAUCGCGAAAGCACAUAUCGAGUCGGAGCAGAAGAAGAUCAAAGCGGGCAAACACAGUACGGACAGCAAUAUCUAUGGUCCAGCUUUGAUGAUUUUGAAAUCGGAUGUGCUCGCUGCGACGGGCAUGAAUAUCAUGUUGAACGCGUGUCUGAUGGAGCCCGCGGGACCAAAGUUCAUCAAACUGGCUUUGGCGAUGGGCAAGGCCGUGCAAGAGGAGAUUAUUGCGAGGAAAGAAGAGUCGGCCAAGCGAAAUAACAACAAGAUGGACAAGUUUAGUCUGAAGCUGAUUGAAGACGUGAAGCUCGAGAGUCUCAAGAACCGUAUACGAGAGUAUAUUGACAAUGUCGGAGGUUGGGACAAGCGGCUGCAGCUAAAGGUUGGUGCUGCGGUCGUUGACUGCAUUCAGCGCACCUGUUAUGUGCCGAACAGCUCGGGUCAGGUGCUUACGCCUGAGCUGUGUGCAGCUAAAGGGCUUCCUGCUCCAGAGCCAGCCUUUGUCCACAAUUAUGUAUUCGACCGCAAUCGCCGUGCGGGUGUGAUCCAGAUCCACCAGAAGAUGGCUGAGACAGUACUGGCGACGAAUCCGGAUGCCAACAUCCUGCCCUGGACUGCGCGGUACUUGCCAAUGCUUGUGCCUCCUCGUCCGUGGACCGGUAUUGUGAAUGGCGGAUACCUGAAGCUGCGUACAAAAGUUAUGCGACAACGUGACUCGGCCUGGCAAAUGGACUGUGUCCAACGCGGUGAAAUUGGCGGUAUCUUGAAAGCGUUGAACCUCAUGGCGGAGGUGCCAUGGGUGAUCAACAAAGAGGUGUUGAAUGUCGUGCUGCAGAUAUGGGAGGAUGGCGGCAACUUUGGCGACCUGCCCACUCGCACUGAUAUUCCUCUACCGGAUCAAAACAGCCCCGAGUUUGCAAAUGACCCCGCGCUCUACUACAAGAACGUCCGCAAGAUCGAACAGCUGAAUCGGGAGUUUCACUCGUUGCGCUGCGAUACACUGUACAAGCUUCAGGUUGCUGAGGAGUUCAAGGACGAGCCUGAGCUCUAUUUCCCGUACAACAUGGACUUUCGCGGUCGUGUGUACCCGAUUCCGCCAAACCUGAAUCACCUGGGCUCCGAUCUUUCCCGAAGCCUGCUUAUCUUUCGUGAUCGCAAGCCAUUGGGUGAGCACGGACUACGCUGGAUGAAGAUCCAUCUGGCCAACGUCUUUGGUGUAGACAAAUGCUCAUUUGAUGAGCGCGUGGAGUUUGCGGAUGCGCAUUUGGACAAAGCCGUGGCGUCUGCGCGCGACCCACUUGGUGAGGGCGAUAGUGCGUGGUGGAAGGGUGCUGACUACCCGUUCUUGGCACUGGGCGUAUGCUUUGAGCUCAAGCGUGCGAUUGAGUCGCCUGACCCAACGAAGUACAUGUCCAAUAUCCCGAUUCACCAGGACGGCUCGUGCAAUGGACUGCAGCACUAUGCCGCUCUUGGCCGUGACGAUCGUGGCGGUGCUCAAGUAAAUCUGGUGCCAGCGUCUCGUCCUAGUGACGUGUACAUGGGUGUGGCGACGCAGGUACUGGCAAAGGUGGAACACGAUGCCGCGUUGGACGUGCCUGACGUGAAGGAAGUCGCCGCGAUGCUUGAGGAUGCGUCCGGCGUUCGCAGAAUCGAGCUGCUGAAGCUGCAAAACCAAGCGCACAGGAAAAGAUGCGCUCGGUUCCUACAAGGCAUCAUCACGCGCAAAGUGGUGAAGCAGACAGUGAUGACGAGUGUGUAUGGUGUGACGUAUAUCGGCGCUCGGAAGCAGAUUUCCGCUCGUCUGCACGAGACGUUCCUCACAAAGGGGCACAUUAUGGACGAUCAAUUGGAGGAUGACAUUUAUCAGGCCGCGUGCUACUGCGCCGAGCUGACGAUGGGCUCAAUGGGUGAUCUGUUCACCUCAGCACGUGGUAUCAUGGAGUGGCUGGCCAAGUGCGCUGCUCAGGCGGGUGAGAGCGGCCAACCCAUGUCGUGGAUCACGCCGUUGGGUCUGCCGGUGGUACAGCCAUACCGUAGCAAGUCUACGAAACAGGUGCGCACGAAGGUGCAGCAUGUGUUGAUGGUGGAAAGUGAAGGACGGCAGGUAAGCAUCGGCCGCCAGAAGUCAGCUUUUCCGCCCAACUUCGUUCACUCGCUGGACUCGACGCACAUGAUGCUGACGGCGCGCCGCUGUCUCGAGGACGACAAGAUCUCGUUUGCCGCCGUGCACGACAGUUACUGGACGCACGCGUGCUCGGUGGACACAAUGAACAGUCGAUUGCGCGAGGAGUUUGUGAAUUUGUACGAACGGCCGUUGCUGGAGGACCUGCUGACGGAGCUGCGGUUGCGUUUUCCUGAUAUGACGUUUGACGAUGUGCCUCGAUUGGGCACGUUGGAUCUCCGCAGAGUGCUCGACAGUCCUUAUUUUUUCAACUAA